CCUAGGUCUGUUUCCUUAACCCCCCAAAUUAGGCGCGUUUGUGUUAUUUGGAAGUACAUCCUAGAUGCCGGGCUUAAACUUCAAAGUCGCCUUCCCUGACAGCAGGCGCGGCAGGGGGACACCAGGACCCUCCCUGACUGGAAAUGGAGUCAGUGAGCUUUGAGGAUGUGGCCGUGACGUUCACGAAGGAGGAGUGGGCUGUGCUGGAUUCAUCCCAGAAGCAGCUGUACAAAGAUGUGAUGCAGGAAACCCUGAGGAACCUGACCUUUCUAGGAAACAAGUCGUGCAAACAGAGAGUUGUAAAUGAGUCUGAAAACCUAUGGAGAAAACUAAGCAGCCCCCUGGUGGAGAAAUUCACUGACGAUAAUGAAAUUCAUCAGUGUGCAGAAAUCUUCCGCUGCGAUCCAGGGCACUCUGUGAGCCCAAAAUCUUGUCCAGGACUUGCUACAUUUGAAAAGUGUGUCUAUGAAGAAGGUAGAAUUGGCCAUUCAUCCCCGGGUGUGCCAGUGAAGCAUCAGGUAGGACCUUAUGAAGACCAAGACUAUGGACAGACACUGUAUAAACAUACGGAGUUUGGGAGCAGCUCCGAUUCUCCUUCACCCCUUCAGAUGCAUAGAAGCACUCACACUGGAGAGAAGCCUUCUAAAAACAAAACCUGUGGUGAAGACCUCCCUUGUUUCAAAUCUGGCCAAACGUAUGAACAAAAUGACUGUUCAAAGAAGUCUUACGUGCACAAGCCGUGUGGGAAAGGCUUCACUCAUCCCAGUCCUUUACAAAGGCGUGAGAAGAGUCACAGCGUGAAGAAGCCCUACGUGUGUGAACUGUGUGGGAAAGAAUUUGCUCGGUUUGGUAACCUCUUAAGGCAUCAGAGAACUGACACAAGCGAGGAUCCUUUUCUGUCUGAUCAUUACGCAAGAACUCUUCCUGGUUCUUCUUGCCAUAGACGGAUGAGGAGUCACAAUACCAAGAAACCCUAUGUGUGUGAACAGUGUGGGAAAACUUUCCUUGAUGCUACUUACUUUCGAAUACACAGAAGGAUUCACACUGGUGUGAAGCCCUACGUAUGUAAGCAGUGUGGGAAGGCCUUCACUGCUUCUCGUUACCUCAGAUCACACGAACUCACCCACACUCGGGAAAAGUCUUACGUGUGUGAGCAGUGUGGGAGUGCCUUCACGUUUUGGUAUCAGUUUCAAAAGCACAAAGUAACUCACAGUGGUGUGAAUCCUUACGUUUGCAAGCAGUGUGGGAAAGGCUUUACUUACUCCAGUUCCCUAAAAACACACGAAAGGAUUCACACUGGUCAGAAGCCCUACGUGUGUAAGCACUGCGGGAAAACCUUCGGUAGCUCUGGUAACCUGAAAAGACACGGAAGCACUCACACUGGCGAGAGACUCUACGUAUGCAAGCAGUGUGGGAAGUCUUUCAACAAUCACAGUUCCUUUCAGUUCCACAAUCGGAUGCACACUGGAGAGAAUCCCUACAGGUGUAAGCAGUGCGGGAAGGAUUUAGCUUCUUCUUCCUCCCUUCAGAGCCAUGAAAGGAACCACUCUGGAGAGAAGCCCUAUGCGUGUGUGCAGUGUGGGAAAGCUUUCAGUUCUGACAGCUCUCUUCGGAAGCAUAAAAUAAUGCACAGUGAAGAAAAACCCUACGUGUGUAAGCACUGCGGGAAAUCUUUCCGUCGCCUUUUUGAGGUUCGUGUCCACGAACGCAUCCACGGUAGCGAGAGGCCCUAUGAGUGCGAGACGUGCGGGAGAGGCUUCUUGAGUUCAACUCAUUUGCGGAGGCAUGCGCCAGUUCAUAGUAGAACAGACAAGGAUGUUAGUCGAUGACAUGAGAAACUCUCUGGUAGCUCUCACUGAGUCAAACUCCAUGAGGUCGGUUAUGCUGGCUGUGUGGGGAAAUGUCAAUCUGAGAGACGGUAUCCUUUUGAAUCCAUGUACGUGUUACUACUAGAAAUUCUCUCUUUUUUUUAAAAAAAAAGAUAUAUUUAUUUAUUAUAUGUAAGUACACUGUAGCUGUCUUCAGACACACCAGAAGAGGGCAUCAGAUCUCUUUAGGGAUGGUUGUGAGCCACCAUGUGGGCGCUGGGAUUUGAACUCAGGACCUUCGGAAGAACAGUCGGUGCUCUUACCUGAUGAGCCAUCUCUCCAGUCCCAGAAAUUCUCUUCUAAUACAUGGAAGCAGACACUGGAGAAAUGCCUCAAGCCACAUGAUAAAGUCUUCACAGUUCUUCUCGUUGUGGAGAAGAUGUGCAAUAAUAGCUCACACUAGAGAGAAACCGUAUGCACACCAUGUGGAAAGCCUUUAAUUCUUAGGGGGCGCUCAAGAAACAUUGUAGUUGUCAUUUGGAGAGAAAUCCUUCGAAUACAGUGUGGUGAUUUGAAUAAGAAUGAUCCAAAUAUACUUAUAGAUUUGAAUGUUUAAUAACCAGGGAGUGGAAUUGUUUUGAAAGGCGUACAAGAAUUAGAAGGUGUGGCCCUUUUUGCAGUAGAUGUGAACUUUUUGGAGGUGUGACUCUAGGGGGUAGGCUUUGAAGUUUCAAAAGCCUGUGCCGGAUCCAGUUACUCAUUCCUUCUGUCUGUUUUUGCGGAUCAGCAUAUAGUUCUCAGCUACUGUUUAUGUUCCCAGACAUGAUGCUGAUGGUCUGCGUCUCUGAAACUGUAAGCAAGCUCCCAAUUAAAUGCUUUGUCUUAUAAGA